GCUCCGGCUGGCACGUGACUUGCUCCGUGGGCGCUGGGGUAGAGGAAGCCGUGAAGCCGGAGCUUAGGUCGGGGAGGGAUGGCGCGCUGAGCCGUUAACGUCUGUCUGCCAGGCUGUCCGCCUCUGUACCUGUUACUGCUGCCACUUCCUCGUUUGACACUUCCCUGGGAAAAUGGCUAAUUUUAGUUUAUUCAUAAUACCAUGUAACAACUAAAAUGGAUGAACUGCAUCUGUAUGGAUCACCAUGAGUGAUUCUAAAAAUAAGAGACUCUUGAUUUUGGAAGAAAUACCUGGUAACCAACAUGACUGAGUUCUGGCUUAUAUCAGCUCCUGGGGAGAAAACCUGUCAGCAAACAUGGGAGAAAUUGCAUGCGGCAACUACAAAGAACAAUAAUCUUGCUCUCACUUCAAAGUUCAACAUUCCUGACUUAAAGGUUGGCACAUUGGAUGUCUUGGUUGGUUUGUCGGAUGAACUGGCUAAACUGGAUGCAUUUGUAGAAGGGGUCGUUAAAAAAGUGGCUCAAUACAUGGCUGACGUAUUGGAGGAUAGUAGGGAUAAAGUUCAGGAGAAUCUGUUGGCCAAUGGAGUUGACUUGGUUACUUAUAUAACAAGGUUUCAGUGGGAUAUGGCUAAAUAUCCAAUCAAGCAGUCUCUGAAAAAUAUUUCUGAAAUAAUUGCCAAGGGAGUGACUCAGAUUGACAAUGACCUGAAAUCUCGAGCAUCCGCAUAUAACAACCUGAAAGGGAAUCUACAGAAUUUGGAACGAAAGAAUGCAGGAAGUUUGCUAACUAGAAGUCUAGCAGAAAUUGUGAAGAAGGAUGACUUUGUUCUUGAUUCAGAGUAUCUCGUCACAUUACUGGUCGUAGUUCCCAAGUUAAACCACAACGACUGGAUUAAGCAGUAUGAAACACUAGCUGAAAUGGUAGUUCCGAGGUCUAGCAAUGUUCUCUCAGAGGACCAAGACAGUUACCUAUGUAAUGUCACCCUGUUUAGGAAGGCAGUCGAUGACUUCAGACACAAAGCCAGGGAAAACAAAUUCAUUGUUCGUGACUUCCAGUAUAAUGAAGAGGAGAUGAAGGCAGAUAAAGAAGAAAUGAACAGGCUUUCUACCGACAAGAAAAAACAAUUUGGACCACUUGUACGGUGGCUGAAAGUGAAUUUCAGUGAGGCGUUUAUUGCCUGGAUUCAUGUGAAAGCAUUGAGGGUUUUUGUUGAGUCUGUUUUGAGGUAUGGCUUACCAGUGAACUUCCAAGCAAUGCUCCUUCAACCCAAUAAGAAAACAAUGAAGAAACUAAGAGAAGUAUUAUAUGAAUUGUAUAAACAUCUAGACAGCAGUGCAGCAGCUAUUAUUGAUGCUCCUGUGGAUAUUCCAGGCUUAAACCUGAGUCAGCAGGAAUACUACCCCUAUGUGUACUACAAGAUCGAUUGCAACUUGCUGGAAUUCAAGUAAAACGAGCCCCCCAGACAGCCCUGCCCUCGUGUCGGUGUCAGUGUUUGCUAACAGAAUAGGUUGCCCUAUGGCCGCGCCCUUAACUCUCUCUCCCCCUUGCUUGCUCUCACCCCCUUUUCUCAGCGCAGUCUCCCGUAGUGGUCCGUUUCUCAACAUUUUCAAAAGGAAGCUGUAUGUCUUAUUUCUUCUUAUUGAUCAGGUCUGUAAAUGUGUACUAAAAAAAAAAAAAAUCAGAGUUUAUUUAUAAACAGAAUAGCUUAUUUAAAGAGAAGGUCUUUCCUCAUCAAUAUAAAAUUGUGGUAUGCAUUAAUUCCAUUUGUUACUGUUGUGGCAAAAGCCUUGUUUACAGGGGAAUGGUGUAAACAGUUAUACCAUUUUGUUCACUGUGUUUAGUAGACAUGACUGUUGAAUAGUUAUUGAAUCGUGGUAUAAAGAAAUGUGACAAUAUUCAGGUUAUGUGCUUUCUUUCAAACUACAGUCUGUGAGCACUAUUGACACCCACAGGAGAGAAUAAAAUUACCUGUGCAAAGGUG